AAGGCUCUAUGUUAGUGUAUCCGAGAAGCCCAACUCUUCGGAUAUAUAAAGACAACAUAUUCCUUUCCUGCAACACAGAACUGCAACAAACACAUCCAACUCUACAACUCAUCCUCCGUACCAGUCAUCUCAAACCAAAAUUCCCAAAUCCACUCAAAACAUAAUCAAAAUGUACACCAAGACAGCUCUCGUUUCAGCUCUUGCUGGCCUUGCUGCCGCUGCUCCAGCUCCUAGAUCCGAUAAUUCCAACGUCUUUGAAGCUAUCUCUCUCCACAGUGGAAGCCCAGUCCAAGGAUCUACCAUCAACGCAAAUGGCAAUCACUUCUACAUUAACAAGGCAGCAAGCACAUACUGCCCGUCUGGCGUCGAAGGCCUUGAUUGCUCGCAAUAUGGCACUCAAACAAUUUUUGCAUUCAACCCUUCAUCCAGCGGUCUAGCACUAUAUGCUGCCGUUCCUGGUGGUCAGCAAAUUUACGUCGAAGCCACUGGCGCACUUGGGUACACGAUUCCUCAUUCCGGGGCUAUUCCCAACGAUGCAUACGUCUCUCCAUUUGAGUACAUCGUCCAAACCAGCACUGGAACUGUGGGCAAAUUGACAUUUGAAGGCAAGGACUUCAACGCUUGUCCAACUGGUGAGACGAAUGGAGAGGUCGACAUCUACCAGAUCUUCGCCUCUGCUGUUUCUUCAGACACUCAGACCGGCUGCAUAGACAUUGCUAUUGGGACCGCCACUGAUGUCGCCGCUCCUACAGCUUAUGAGUACUCUUAAGCUGCGAUGUGCUGUACACAUACUAGCUGAGAAGAUGAAGAGGGUUGAAAUGUAUAUACUGGGAUGUUGUUCUCGCUGAAAGACUUUCCUUGAUGCAUAGCGUUGGGUCUUUGGUUUUGUAAUUGCAUAUACUUUCCUUAAUAUAUGAAUAUUCCAAGUCUAUAUGCAUGAGACUUGACCACCCUGGUGACUCCCGAUAACCUUACCAAAUAAUGACCUCUUGUAAAGGAAUCACAUAGCAACACAACCACCUUCACUUAA